AUGCUCUGGGCUGUCAUCCUCCAGAACCACGGGAUCCUCGUUGCCACCAAGUCGAUUGAAUCUACCGUUUUCUUCUUCAUCUCUUUGGAAAAGUGCUGCAAGGUCCAAAUGGUAGUGGACCAGGCCGCCACGGCUCGUGGACUUAAACCGCGUCUUAUUGACCCAGCAAGUGCGGUCCAGACAUGGGAACGCCUUGGGUCUGAGAUGGGGGGCUGGUUUAAUGGGAUUCCCGAGUUUCAGCUCUUGGAGCACGAAGAAGGAAAGAGAUUCGAGUAUGUUCCUGCACCCUAGGAGACUGU